AAUUUAUUCGGGCUGUCGUCAAUCGUCAUGGCGGCUUCCUUCGCGUCGAGAUCUCCUUAUUAUCUACCCCUCGCAAGGAAGCGAAGACCCUACAAAACUGAUUUUCAACUUCUUCUGAAUUUCUCUUCACUACAUCGUCCCCAACCAUGCUCCGCUUCUUCUUCGCGCUCGCGAUUGUCGUAUCUGCGUUGAUUGUAUUCGUAAGCUCACAUGAAGAGAGUGGUGAAUGGAGUUGUGAUUCCAACUCUGAGACUCCAAUCCAGGCGGAUUACAAGCCUGGAAUCGUCACACUUGAUGGGCACGCUGACGAUUGGAAGGACGUUGACGGGUUUGAGUUUUCUCUCCUCCCUGCUUUGGACCCAGAUGAGGAAAAUGAGUAUAAAGGCGGGAAGAUGACCGUUAAGGCUUUGCACGAUGGGAAAGACAUUUUCUUCAUGCUACAAGUUGAUGGGGAGUAUGCAUACUCUAAAGGUAACAAUAAAAAAUGCCCAUCUGUUUCUCUCAUGUUUCAAGUUGGUGAAAAUGCCUCAUAUCAUAGGAUGGGUGGGUGUGACCAGUCAACAGAUACAUGCACUAAUAGGACUUGCCGAGGCCAUGAAGUGGACAUUAUGCACUUCUCAAUUGGCAAUGCUAUUCCAGGACGACUAUAUGGUGGCAAUCCGAUAGAUAAUAGAGAUGGAAAUGGAGGCGACAGGUUUGGUCAUUUGGUUGAUUUAUAUGCCUGGAACCCACAUUGUCGGUAUCUUGAUGGCCUUAGUCCUUCAGGUAAUGAUUCUAGUGCACAGAAUAAUUGGCAGGGGGCAUGGUGGCAUGACAGCUUUGGUGUGCACUCAGGUUUUGUGGAGGAAGACGGCCCUUAUGCAUCUGCUGGUCAGAAAGGGAAAUAUUACUUUGAAUUCUCAAGGCCUUUGAGAACUAUGGACCAUCUCCAGCAGGAUGUUCAGUUCACAAUUGGUCAAACAAGCAAAUUAGCAGUGGCCUUUUGGUACCCAGUUGACGGAAACCCGUGGCAUGGGUCUGCACAUUAUUCCAUCAAUUGUGAUUGGGUACCACUUGAUAUUUCUGUUGGAAGUUCUGUUCUUAACAAGGUGGCUUCAACUUCAGGAAGCUCUUGGGAUGCUGCCAGUGCAUUCGCCCUUCUUUUAUCUGUGGUCUCCUUAUGUCUGUCUAUCUUCAUAGGAUACCGAGUUUCUAAAACCAAAUCUAUUAUUCCCUUUACACCAAUGGACCAUCUUUAAGGUGGAAACCCCAUUAAGCAGUGUUUUGUACCAUUAUUUGUGAUUGUGAUUGUAUUAAUCGGGCUGGUGGUGUGAUUUCCACUUUUUUUUUUUUUCAUUCUUCACCACAAGUAUGAUUGGAAGCUAGAACCAUGGGUUAAAGCGGUGAACAUGAUAAUUCAAUUGGAGAUUCCAUAGUUUGAAAUGGAUUCAGUUGAACUAGACGGUCCAAAUGCAAGAAGAGUCUCUCAUUUCAGUGACGUAUCCAUCACUGAAAUAGAUUUUUUUUUCUUUCUUUCUUAACGCUUGCCUAUUUUAGGCCAGAUUAGCAUUUCAAGUUGGUCGGUAUUGGGUGGAUGGUCUUUUUUUCUCAUUUGUCUUGUUGGAUUCCUCUUUGACAAUAUCUAUGAUGCUGGAAAGGGAUGGUAGAUAUUCUUUUAAUGCUUUUAUGAAGGUUGUUUUAUGAGCGAA